AUGCCUGGAAAGCACCGUAAGGACGCGGAAAGCCACUCAUCCAACAGGAGGAAGGGAGCAGACAGAAGGAGUAAUAUUGACGAAAAAAUCAAGAACGCCAUGAAGAAGUACCAGAGAGAAGGCAAGGGAACAGAGGACGAGCGAGAGGACGAAGACUUCCCACUCAACUCAGAGAUACAGUCGGUAAGGUUUCCUUCGAGGUUUAAAUUACCAACUUUUGAACCUUUUGAUGGAACAGGAGAUCCGAAGAGCCACAUCUCGAAAUUCAAAACAAUCAUGAUGCUAGAAGAUGUGACAGAUCCCAUGCUUUGUAGAGUGUUCCCUGCGACAUUAAAGGCAUCAUCACAAAAAUGGUACUCAUGGCUCAAGACAGGGUCGAUAAGUUCCUUCUCUAACUUAGCGUCAUCCUUCAAAGCGAGGUUCAGGACUAAUAUCCCUAUGCAGAAGAGCUCCAGCGACCUGAGGAAGUGCAAGCAGGGAGAGCAGGAGACCCUCAAGAAUUUCGUAGAAAGAUUAAACAAAGAAGUAGUCCAGAUCGAGAACUUGAAUCAUGACACUGCCAUUGAAGCAAUGAAAAUUGGAAUGAAGUUUGAAGAACUCCGAGACAAGAUCCUGAUGAAAAAGCCAACAACCUUUCAAGACUUAAUGCUGAUCGCUCAUAAAUAUGUGGAACUAGACGAAGCUCGAAGGACCCUGACGAAACAACAUGAACACACCAAGUAG